CAAUCAAUGUAUGUGAAACCAAAUCUCAAAAAGAAGAUUAUCAUCAGGGGAAAAUAACAAAAAAAACAAACAGUUAUCUCUCUCUCUCCGUUUUCAUUUUCCCAAGAUUUAUUUUUUACUUUUUAAAAUUUGUUCUACUGUUAUAAAAAUCCCACUUUUGCCAUUCUACUUGUUUAUUUGCCCUACAUGGGCUGCUAGCUUAAGAAAUUUCAUACAACUAUGAGCAGGUCCAAGAAUAUUCUUCAAAAUCUUUUGAAACCCUUCAGAUUCAAUUCAAGCAAAGAGAUAACUAGUGAACAAGAGAUUGAGCAGAUUGCUGCGCAGGAACAGAAGGUUUUUGCUUUUGAAACUCUGAUUGCUGCUACCAAGAAUUUUCACUCUACUCAUAAGCUCGGCGAAGGUGGUUUCGGACCCGUUUAUAAGGGAAAGUUGAAUGAUGGUAGAGAUAUUGCAGUAAAGAGGUUGUCUCAAACCUCAAAUCAAGGGAGAAAAGAGUUCACAAACGAAGCCAAGUUGCUCGCACGUGUGCAGCACCGCAACGUUGUGAAUUUGUUGGGAUAUUGUACACACGGCGAAGAGAAGCUACUUGUUUACGAGUAUGUUUCGAAUGAGAGCCUUGACAAGCUUCUGUUCAAGUCCAAAAAAAGAGAGGAGCUUGACUGGAAACGGCGGUAUGAAAUAAUAUGUGGGGUUGCCAGGGGCCUGCUCUACCUUCAUGAAGACUCUCACAACUGCAUCAUUCACCGAGAUAUCAAAGCCAGCAAUAUUCUACUCGACGAGAAGUGGAUCCCCAAGAUUGCUGAUUUUGGUAUGGCCCGUCUCUUCCCCGAAGAUCAAACACAUGUCAACACUCGGGUGGCCGGCACCAAUGGAUAUAUGGCUCCCGAGUACGUGAUGCAUGGACAUUUAUCAGUAAAGGCAGAUGUGUUUAGCUUUGGAGUUUUAGUUCUGGAACUCAUCACCGGCCACAGGAACUCAUCUUUUGAUCUAAACGUCGAUGCUCAGAAUCUACUUGACUGGGCAUACAAACUUUACAAGAAAGGGAAGAGUUUGGAGAUACUAGACCCGGUGUUAGCUCCGACGGCGGUGGAGGAACAAGUGACCAUGUGUACUCAAUUGGGGUUACUAUGCACGCAAGGAGAACCAAGUCUACGGCCGACCAUGCAUCGUGUGGUGGUGAUUCUGUCUAAGAAGCCCAGUCAUCUAGAAGAGCCCACUAGGCCCGGAAUGCCUGGGAACAGGUACAGAAGGCCUAGAAGGCCCAUGGGCCUGGGCCAGGCCCAUACUUCUACCACUGCAGGGUCAUCGGGAUCGGGAUCGGGAUCGGGAUACUCCAAUACGGUUACUUCAGGGACCAAUACGAAUACAAAUUCGAAUACGAAUACGAAUACGACCAGCUCUUACACCAAUACUAAUAGUGCGUCUCGACCAACUUCGGAGCCUCAUAGAUUGGACACAAGGGGUAAACGUCCUAUGCGCUAGUUAGUUAUUUAGUUAGUUUAUUAGUUACUACACUACCAGAGAAUAUGUUGGUACAGCGAAAUUUUGUAUUGUGUUGUUUAUUUUUAUUUGUUAAUUAUUUUCUUUUUUAUAUUAGAAGAAAUGUAUAAAUAUAUAUAAUUUA